AUGUCGGUAAAUGAGUAUUCUUUUGUUCAAGUGUUCAUAUGUAUUACAGUUGUUUAUACUAAAUUGUACAAAUAUGAAUAUUAUUCAUUUGAUUACGAUAUACAUCAUUUAUUGUUGUAUGAAAAUAAAUUAUAUGUCGGUAAUUCAUUAUCUCUUUCUUCUAUUUCUCUAUCUAAGUCAAGAGAUGUUUUGACAAUAAAUAGAAGCAAUGUUAAAAAUACUAUAAAAUUGUUUCUGAUUGAUAAUGAACGAUCGGAAUUAAUUGUUUGCUAUUCGGAUACUUUUGGUACAUGUGAGCAACGUUCAACUAACGAUUUAAAAUUACUCAAUUCAAAAUCACUGUCGGUCGUGCCAGAUGAUAACGUGAACACUACCAUAGCUGUUUUUGGAAAAAUUCAAGAAAAUAUUUCUGUAUUGUAUGUUGCUCGUACAUUUACACCAUCGUCAAGUUCUGUACCGGCCAUAGCGGUACGAUAUCUUGAACGUGAAAAGUUUAUGGAAAUUAUUCGAAAUAAUGACAAUCAACAAACUAGUGGUGAAGCAAGUAUUCAUUUCCUAUAUCAUUAUACUCAAACGUUCAUUGUCAACUAUAUAAAAGGACUAACAAAUACUGAUGGAACAUAUAUAUACUUUUUAACCGUACAAAAGAAUGAUGUAAACGAUAAUUACAUAACUAGUAAGAUUAGUCGAUUUUGUUCACUUUCAACUAAUAUCAAUAUUUUAAGUAAUUAUAUUGAAAUACCAUUGCUCUGUCAGAACGAUGAUGUAUCAUACAAUAUUUUGAUUGAUGCAACAAUUAUUGAUGUAACAUUUUCAAAUUAUACAGGACAUGAGCGCUUGAUAUUAGGUUUAUUUGGUAAAUUAAAUUCAUAUGGAACACAUGUUGAAAAUAAUUUAGCCAUUUGUUUAUUUAAAUUGAGCGAAAUAGAUACUGUGUUUAAUCAAAACUUGAAAGAUUGCUACGAAAAUGAUACGUUAAAUCGAGGCUUGAAAUUUCUCAAGCCAGACGAACCAUGUGGAAAUCAAAAGUUAGAGAUGUAUGAUUCAACUUCGAACUUUUGUAUAGUCGAUGACAGAUAUUCAUUUCCAAUAGGCGGAAGGCGAGGCGCCGAAGGUAUCGUUUUGUAUGAAAAUACAAAUACAAAUGCAAUUGGUACAGGAAUCAAAAGUUUUUUAUUAACUGAUGGAAACAUUGGUCUUGCUGUUGGAUGGACGAAUGGUUCACUUACAAUGGCUAGAAUCAAUAAAAAUAUGACCUUCAAUAUUUUCUCACAUGAAGUGAUCUCAAUGAAUUCCAUUGGACGUGAUAUAGAAUAUGAAGAAAAUUCGAAAUCAUUGAUUGUUUCUUCGAGAAAUAAGUAUAUUUUCCAGGUGUAUCGUGUUCCAAUUACAGUCAGAGAACAUCCAACAAAAAUUACAUCUGUUUUUCCAGCCGAAAUGCCUCUUGGACGUACGGCCACAUUAGAAAUUACCGUCAAAAAUCUCAAUUCUGAAUCACUAGCUAUUUUAAUGAAUGAUAAACCUUGCGAUGUUUUAACUGUUAAUGGAUCUGUAGUACCGUGUAAAACAACAACGACACGUCGAGUUGUAUCGCAUCCAAAAAUCUAUUCUAUCCAGCCAACAUCGAUAUCAGCCGCUACAAAACAUCUCCGAUUGAACAUAAGUGGAAGUCGUCUAAAUGCUGCAGAAUUUCGACAGCAUGAAUUAGUAAUGAUAUUACCAGAACCAAUUAUUACAAUCAUUGAACCUCUUCAUAGUUUCAUAAGCGGUGGACAUCUCAUCUCAAUCCAAGGAUAUUAUCUAACAGUUAUGAAAUCGUUUUCUAUAAAUUUUAUCAUUGAUAAUUCAAUUAAUAUGACAGUUCUUGUCGAGGAAAUUGCUUGUAAAGCACGCGAUCAGAUAACAACGACUUCAGUACAUAGUCUUCAGUGUUUUCAAUUUCGCACUCCGCCUCUAGAGGCGGAUGAUAUACUUAUUAAUUAUACGAUACCAAUUCAAAUUUAUCUUGAUACCAUCUUAUAUCCUACACGCUUCAAACUGAUUUAUGUUCCUAAUCCGGUUAUUAAAUCAAUGUAUCCAUCAAUACUUAAUGUAAAAGGUGAUUUUGAAUAUUUUCUAAACAUUGAAACACACUUGAAACUGUCCCCCAAUGACAUUAUAUUAUCGAUUGAUUGUCAUUAUUUGAUACCAGCGUCUGUUAAUCAGUCAUUAGAUAAUAAAAUAUUAACCGUUUCGUAUCAUCUAACUCGUACAUUAUUAAGAUCAUUGUACCGAUGUAAAGUAAACAAUAGAAAUAAAUUUUUAAUUAAAAUUAAAAUCGAUUCAUUUGAAAAUACUCUGGGCUAUUUACGUUAUGAAACAAAACGUAGAUUUAAUUGGUUACAUUUAUUAUUUAUCACAUUAAGUUCGUUCGUGUUUGUAAUGAUUAUAAUUAUUGUUAUUUGUGUUAUUCGUUAUCCUAGACGAAGAUCUACUGCUCAACCUUCAAAUUUUCAAGUCUAUCCAAAACCACGUGCAAGAAUUCAACAAUCAUCAUCAUGCUUUAAGCUAAAACCUAGCAAAAAAAAGUUAAAAUUUCAUAUCAGCAUACGAAAUUCAUCAUCCGUUUCUAAAGCGUGGACACAAUCAAUAAAAAAACAAAAUUCAGUUUAUUCUGUUAGCAAUCAAGUUCUUUCAACGAGAUAUCGAAAUCAGGACGAAGUAAUUAAAUUUUUUUUAUCGAAUAAAAAUAAAUUUGAUUUGGAUAAAAAUUUAUUAACAAUGUUUGAUGUUCAAAGUGCCAUGCAACUAUUCUUAAAAUUACUUGUGAAUAGAACAUUUCUUAUGGCAUUCUUUUCGUCAAUAGAUCAAAAUUAUGCAACAUUGGCAUCACCGAUUAUUUAUUUGCUAUCAGCAACAAAUUCAUUUGAACAAGUUGAACAUCGAUAUAUCAUUCAUUUUUAUCGCUUAUCACGAAAAAAACGUAAUGAUCAUCAAAAAUUAUUUGCAAAUGAACUCAUUGUUAAAUAUCUCUUAUAUCACAUUUUGCAAUUAAACUUAGACAUUGAUCAUCGAACAAACAAUGAUAUAUUGGAGUUAGUCUAUUGUUUCGUAUUUCAGUUUCGUAUCUGUCUAUUGAAAGGACCGAGAGAUCGUCUUCUAAAAAAGGCAUAUUAUUCAAUUACGCCUGAAACAUCGUUGUACGAAAUGAAAAUUGAUUAUAAACGAAUUUUACUAAAUUUAGAAUAUGAGAAUAACAUUAAAUUUAAAAUAUUUGCACUUGAUUGCGAUUCUAUUAGUCAAAUUCGAGAAAAAAUAUACAUAUCAUUGAAAUACAAUUAUGAUGUAUUUAAACAUAUUUUAUUAGACGAUAUAAUAUUGAAUAUCUCAACAAAAGAUGAUGAUCGAGAAAUUAUUCGAUUAGAUGAUUUUUAUAAUGGUUAUAGAUCAUCAAAUCAUCAACAAUAUUCGAUAAAACCAAUGUUACUUAGUUCAUACAAGAGUGAAUACAGUUUAGAUGGUGAUAGUUUUUGUUCAACUCUUGAUCCAACAACUGCUCAAUAUACAUUUACGAUUGAUGAACCGUCUACAUGUCAAGAUGAACCUUCUACAUAUAAUCGACAAUUAAGAAUUCAAAUGUUAAGAGAUGUUGUUCGUCUACUUAGUACAAAUUCAACAAAACUUUUAUUUCAUGUCAUUAUUAACAGUAGAUCAUUUGAUCUAAUUAAUAUUGAUGAUAAAUGUCGAAAUUCAAAAAGUAAUUCAUUAAAGAAAAAAUGUUCACAAACAUCCACAGAUGGUUCUGAAAUUCCAACAACAAUUGAUUGUCGUCUUACGCUCAGAAAUAAUGCACGACAAUCUAUACCAAAAUUAACUACAGAUGAUUCAAGUUAUACAAAAGAGAAUUGGCAUCAUCUUUUAACUAAACAAAAUUAUUCACCAAAAAAUAUUGAUGCCGAUCAACAAAUACUUCUUCUUAACUGUCUACAAUCUUCAAAAGUAAAAACUCAUGGAAUAUGGACAGAUUUUUUAAAAAAACUUUUACUUCAAAAUAGAACAAAUAAUGAACUUAAUAAUUCACUUGAUCGAAUGUUUAAAGAAUUGAGUCGACAUCAUCAGAAAUCAGAAAGUGAAGAACAAAUUAAAACUUAUCUUUUUAAAUGUUUUAUUCGUGCUAUAGCAAAUUGUCUACGAAACUAUGAACGUAUAUUUGAUAUAGAAUAUGAUGAAAUUGUUUCCUCUUGUCUCUGUAUGUUUGCAGAUGGUUUAGAAUACAUUGCAGAUGUUAAAUCGAUUUCAGAAUACGAUCCAAUCUGUAUUACAUUGUUCUCUGCUGAUCGAAUUUUAAUUAAAAGUUUAAUUAGUACAUUUCUUGAUAGUCAUUUUGGACUUGAACAAGAUGAUAAGAUAAGUCUUGCAGAAGAUACACAACAAUUAAUGCAUAAACGAAGUAUGAUGGAUGAAGUUACAACUACCAUUGCAUUGUUUCAAGUAUUUAAUGCCUAUGAGCUAAAUGCUGAAGAAGUAAGUGCACAAGUUUUUAUUUAG